ACGUCAUCAUUUCACUUCCAAGACUGGUUUGUACAUCUCUCAUGCACUAGGAGGAUGUGGUUUGCUAGUUGAGACAUUGUCCACAGACGUGAACCAACUGCGUCGCAAAAGCUCUGGGAGCUGUUCGAACGGGACUUUCAGAUUUAUUGCUGGAUUAAAAAAGUCUUUGAUGGAAAUCCCUUUGACGCAAAGAGGAGAAAUGGUGAAUUAGGUGUUUUGUGAAGGAACGCAUUAGCUGCUUGAGCGCAGCUCCGUUUUUAUAAAGCGACUCCUGUGGAUGGUGUCUGCUUGUUUCUCACUGUUGAUUUCGUCGCCUUGUAAACAUGUUGAGCAAAUUCUUGAUAUGUGCCAUACUUCUGUCAGUGGAACAUGGCCGUUGCAGAGCAACGGAAUAUGAUGAGGAAUAUGAGGACGUUACUGUCAAACAGAUGCUUGCUCCAAGGAGUCAGGAGACAGAUACAACUCUGAUACUAAAUAAUUUACUGAAAGACUAUGAUAAGAAACUUCGGCCAGAUAUCGGGGGUAAGCCAACAAUUGUGGAUGUUGACAUAUAUGUGAACAGUAUAGGACCUGUUUCAUCAAUUGAUAUGGAGUACCAAAUUGACAUUAUAUUCGCUCAGGCAUGGACAGACACACGCUUGAGGUACAACAGCAGUAUAAAACUGUUGACCCUCACCAGCAACAUGGUUGGACUCAUAUGGAUACCGGACACCAUCUUCCGCAACUCCAAACGCGCUGAAGCUCACUAUGUCACCACUCCGAAUCAACUCCUGCGGAUUUCAAAUGAGGGAAGGAUACUGUAUACUUUGAGGAUGACCAUCAAUGCGGAAUGCCAGCUGCAGCUGCACAACUUCCCCAUGGACGAGCACUCCUGCCCCCUCAGCUUCUCCAGCUACGGUUACCCUCAAGAUGAGGUGAUUUACAAAUGGAAGAAGAACCCGAUUGAGCUCGCCGACCAGAAGAACUGGCGCCUCUACCAGUUUGCUUUCACGGGCCUCAGGAACACAUCCGACAUCAUGACGACGACAGCAGGCGAUUAUGUGGUGAUGACAGUCUACUUUGAUCUGAGUCGACGCAUGGGCUACUUCACCAUCCAGACCUACAUUCCCUGCAUCCUAACCGUAGUCCUCUCUUGGGUGUCUUUCUGGAUCAAUAAAGACGCUGCUCCUGCUAGGACAGCCCUGGGAAUCACCACUGUUCUGACCAUGACAACACUCAGCACAGUGGCGAGGACGUCUCUUCCACGUGUUUCCUACGUCACGGCCAUGGACCUCUUUGUGACCGUCUGCUUCCUGUUUGUGUUUGCCUCACUGAUGGAGUAUGCCUUCCUGAACUACUACUGCUACCGCGCCCAGAAGCCAAAGUUUAGAGCUAAGGCAGAGAAACCGACGACAGAGCCCAACCUACAAAGAAGCGCCUACUCAUCGCUCAGCCUAAACUGUUCACCGACCGUCAUCACCCUCAACAACUCCAUGUACUGGCAAGACUAUGACGACACCUGUCUCUACGAGUGCCUGGACGGUAAGGACUGCAAGAGCUUCUUCUGCUGCUACGAGGACUGCAAGGACGGGGGCUGGCGCAAGGGACGCAUCCACAUCGACAUCAACGAGCUGGACUCUUACUCCCGGGUCUUCUUCCCCACCUCAUUUAUACUGUUCAAUAUCGUCUACUGGGUGGGCUACCUCUAUCUUUAGCAACUGGAUAAUGAUCCCCCCACUGUGUGAUCCCACUGAGGACUGAUGAAAACCACCCCCAGCUUAAUCUUAAUUAGUGCUUUAACAACCUUUAGUCGUCGUUUUUCAUUUGUUCACAGUGAUAUUUAUGUGCUUAUUUAUUUAUUUGUUUGUUUUUAUUUCAUUCCUUGCUCUUACCCUUCAGUAUAGACCUCCUCACCUAUACUGUCAUGUCUGAUUGUUGAAAAAAAGGUUAAAAUGAUUUCUUCAUCUGAUACAUGAAGGAAAAGAGGGUGUUUGGCCCCUUGACAUGUCCCCCAUCACAACAUCCGUCAUCUCAGUCGACACUUAGUCAGGGAGGAUCUGCUUACCUCUCAAACAUCUGUCUCACUCAGCACACAUUUAUCUAAGCAAAAUUCAUAGUGCCUUCUUCAAGGAGCUGAUAUUACGUUUCAGGAGCUAGAACUGGACUCCAGAGGUAAGUGUAACAGCCAUCUUAUGGUUUUUUUGUGUGUCCGAUGGAGCCCAGUGUCCUGCGCGAAGUGAGGUGAUGGACGAGUGGUGAGUUGUUACUGCGCAAAAGGGACCCACUGAACGUGUCUGCUCCUUGUAUCAUGAACGCUGUUUUUGCAAUCAUAUUCUUAUGCGUUUCCCACUGUGUCGUUUUAUAUCCAGAAAUAUAAUUGUUUGAUCUCUGCUUAUCUGCACUAAAGGACAAUUAUGUAACUUUUCAGCAGUAAUGAUGAGUUGUGUUCAUUGUAAUAUGCAAAUAUAAAAAGGUCCAUAGGAAUAUUUUAUUAGUUUGAAGAUCUUCAUCAUUUCACAACAGUUUGGUCUAGAUCACCCAGUGCAAUCUAUUGUAAGAACACUGUUUUAUACUGACGUGUGUCAUCCAGUUCUCAUAGCAUUUACUUGAUUGUGCAGUUCACAAAAAAAUUCUUGAAACACUCUUUAUUUCCACAGAAUAGGCCUAACAAUUUAUGGAAACAUGAUUCUAAGUGACUACGUGACUAGUAAACAUGUUUUUUUUUGUGUCUUUUUCUUUCGGAUGUCCCCCGUCAGAAAAAUAAUAUAUUGCUAUGUUUAAAGUUGUAGUAAAAAUAAUUAAAAUAUUUUAUUCUUGAACUGAGAGUGGAAAUAAGAAAUAAGAUAAGACGGUUUCCUACAGUAGUCUAUUUACAAUAAUUCUACAUGUCUACAAUCAUGACAGAUAUACUUAGGUUUAUAACAGAGGUAUUUUUUUCACCUUUUUACAGUAUCAGUAAAUGAUGUUGCACUUUAUAAGUGUCAGAUUUCAGUGUAUUUAUAAUAAAUCCGGUGUUUUAUAAGUAGACAAUGAUUAUCUUGUUUUUUUUACAGAAGACAAGAGGACUUAACUGUAUGAGGUGUAUGUUUUUAGAGAAUGUUGUGCAAGAGCUGUUGAAUUUCUAUUCACUCAUGUAAAUAAACUGUAGUCUUGCUCCAGUA